AUGUCAAGUUUAGCUUCUCAGCUUAAACAAAUUAACGAGAAAACGUCGUCUAUAGCCUUGAAUAGACAACAAAGGUCAAAGCUACAUUCACGUUCAUUAAUUUUUGAUCCCAAAAUUGCAUCAACUCAAGAUUAUGAUUAUAUUUAUGAAAUAGCACUAGAAGGAUUAGAAGAAUUAUCAGCAUUAGAUUCAAGAUUCAACAAAUUUAAAUCAUCUUUAUUUACAAUUGAUUCUGUCAAUUUUGACAGGAAUGUUCAAACUGAAGAUACAAUUAAACAAUUGAAUACAAAUAUAAAUGCUUUUUUCACGUUACUUGGACCAUAUUAUAAAUUCAAUUGUGCUUUAGUAGCCAGUGAAUGGUUAGUCAGAAGGUUUCAAGCCAACAUCCACAAUGCAGAGUAUUUAAUUUUAACAUCAUUGCCAUAUUAUCAAGAACCAGUUUUUUUAAAAAUAUUGAACGUAAUUCCUAAGCAAAGCAUUCCUAACAUUUUUGGAUGGUUGACAAAUUUUAAAGAUCAAAUGAAAAAUCCAACUUCACAAUCAAUUUUCAAGGUCUUUUUUGGAGAUGAUGCAUUAUUCAAAUUUUAUACAUCCUUCUUGAACGAUCAAAUACAAAAUCAUACAAUUUAUAAAGAACAAUUAGUGUUUUAUUUAUCGGUAACUAUCCAAAUUUUGGCAGCACUGAAAAAAAUAAAUGAUUUAAUACCCGAUAUUUUAAACAUUGUUCAAUUAUUAUUGUCUCAACUGGAAGGUGCUUACUACUCAACAACGGAGAUUAAAUUAACAGCAUAUUCAAUUCUUUCAGUUCUUUCAUCAGUUGCACCAUUGAGAGCUGAAAUAAUCAAUUCUUUAAUUGAAUUAUUACUACAAGACUUGACUUUAUACAAACCCACAAUUACAUUAUUAAUUCAGUUCUACAAUAGUGACGAAGCAAAUGUGGACUUUUUAAAACAAUUAAACAUCAAUUCUCAAUUGGUUGAUACAUUACAGGAAUUAAAUGAUUCUAACUUUAAGUUAGACAAAUUUGUUUGCAAGUUAUACGAGGAGAAACCAAAUCCAGAAUUGAUACAAUUUGUGAAUUUAAACAACGAGCCAACUUACAACGCCGUUGCAAAUUCAACGAUUGAAUAUUUAAAUCAUAAUGCAGAUGCAGCAUUUGCAGACAUUGUGAAACAGUUAUCUAAAAGUACCUUGUUCGCAGAUAUUUUGAAAAAGUAUAAUACAAGUGUAAGUGAUUUAGAAUUGAAACUUCAAACUACUAUAGCCGAAGCCAAUAAUGAUAUCGAAGACUUAGUAGAAGUAUCAGAAGAAGUCGAAGAAAAAGAUUUGGAAAAAUUUGAAUUUUUACAAUCUAUUUCACCAACAUAUUUAUCAAAGGAUAAGGAUUUUUACAAUUUAUCUGCCUCAUUAAUUAAAUUUUGUUCAUUAUCCAAAGGUAGUAUUGCAGCUAUGUCAUUACUUGCACAUAAAAGAUUUAGUUCAUUAGAAACAGCCAUUUCAUUUUUCAUUCGUGUUGCACUCACUCCAUCAAUUCCUUUAAUUGUUAGAAUUAGUUCACUCAAAUUGAUUAAAAUAAAAAUUAAAGAAAAUUCUGAUGGUAAGACUGAUUAUUAUUUAUUAAUUCCAUUACUUUUAUUAGGACUUAAAGAUGAAUCAAAAAGUAUACGUAUGGUCAUAUCCCAAAUAAUUAAGACCAUCACUGACAUCACCAAAUCAAUUCAUUCUGACAAAAAAGCCAAAACCGAGUUUUUCAUGGAAGAUCAAAUCUACGGUUCAACAGAAAAGAAACUCAUUUCUCCACAAGAUGCUUUAACAUUAUUAAACACAAUUAAAUUAGAUGAUGUCAUAUUUGAUCAGAAUCAAUGGAGUACAUUGUUGUCAAGUAUAUUUCAAAUCAAAGUAGGUAAGAAAAAGUUAGGUCAAUCAUAUAAAACUUUCAUUGUUUCACAGUGGGCACUUCCUUUACCUUUAGUAUUUAAAAUUAAAGCGUGGACAGCAAUCGAGGAAAGGGCUUUCUUUUGGGAUGACGUUGCAAAUUAUUUUGGUGCAAGAUCCAAUUGGGAAGCACAAGCCAAACCUGCUGGCAUAAGUAUAGCUUCAGUUGAUAAAUCCAUCGUUGACCUUGUUGGUGGUAAAGCUGAUGCUGAGCAAUCCAAUAAAGAUGCUGAAUGGUUACGUAAAGGGUUGGAAUCUCAAAUUGCAAUUGACGUUGACAACAGAAUUUUGCGAGUUUUUCAAUUUUUUACAUCUGUUGAAACUCAACUAUUAUUGGUGAACAAGCUUAUUGAAUUAUUAAUAAACGAUGAAUUUGUCAGUUUUGAUCCUAUGGCUACAUUACAACUGUUAGAUUUGAAUUUUGAAUUAUUUUUACAAGCUUUAAAUAAUGUUCAAAUAGGGGAAAUGCCAGAACAAGGUGUUGUUAAAAGAAGAAGAAGAUCAUCAAAUUCAACUAGACAAGCAAUGGCAAAAGAGGAUAUGAAUACAUUAGCUUUAUCACAUAUAAGAAAAUUAGCUGUUUUGCUAGAAAUUUUGGAAACCAACUUAAGAAGAAACCCACAAAUUGCUCAUCCAAAAUUACUUAAAGUAUUAUUCAAAAUUUUGACAGAUUUAGAUUACUUAGGAAAUGAUGGUAAUUUACCUGUUCUAUACACUCAAGAAUUAUUAGCUACUUGUAUGUUGUUAAGUAUUAAUGAAAUGAAGAAUGGAAAUCAAAAAUUUGACUCAAACUCAAUAAGGGCUGACUUAAUUGUUAAUUCAAUAAGAACAAGUACAUCACCACAAAUUCAAAAUAAAUUAUUAUUGGUCAUAUCUGAAUUAGCUUUGUUAGCUCCAGAAAUCAUUUUACAUUCGGUUAUGCCAAUUUUCACAUUCAUGGGUGCUCAUACAAUUAGACAAGAUGAUGAAUUUUCCAACAAUGCAUUGCAACAAACUGUAGCUAAGGUUAUUCCAGCAUUGGCUAAAAAUUCUGAAUCAAUAAGUACAGAAGUUGAAUUUUUACUAGCAAGUUUUACUGCUGCUUUUCAACAUAUUCCAAAACAUCGUAGAGUUAAAAUUUUUGUUGCAUUGACUGAAACUUUAGGUUGUGCCAAUUCAAUGCAUAUAAUUUUAUUUUUACUAGCAUUUAAAAAAUUAGAAACUGUCAUUGAUUUUGUUGAACUUUAUUUAAGAUCAUUUUCUGCUCAAGAUCAAUUAACUGGAUUUGUCAAUUUUACAAAAUUAAUUAAAGAGUUACCAACACAUUUGGAAGUCAAUUCUGCCGAAUAUGAGUCAUUGAAAGCUAGACCAAUAUUUGGUAACUCAAUUGUUAGUUUGACUAAUGAACAGCUUUUGGAUUCAAGACGUUCAAUUUUAGAUUAUUUAAAUACAAUUUUAAGUUUAGAUUCGACUUAUGAUGCAUCUUCACUCAGAAGCAAAGUUGCUAUUUCAUUAGAAGAAAACAAUACAGUAAUUGAAGAUUUUAGAGAGCUUACUUCCUUUGCUUUAAGUGAACUUGAAGCAUUUGCUAAAAAUACUGAAAUAUCUAAUGAAUUAUAUGAAAUAUUGAGUAAUUUAUUAAAUUUGUUACCUUUAUCAAAUUUUGUUGAUUCGGUUAUUGAUUUCUUAGAUGUUGAUAAAUUAAGUGACAAUACCUCAAUUAGUGUUGCCAAAAACUAUGCUAUACUUGCAGCAAGAAAAUUUGAAGAAAUCAGCUCAAACUUGAUACUGAAAGAUACUGUCGAAAAGUUAUUAGACGUUUUAAUGGAUGGUAUAAAAAGAAAUGUUGAUCCUGAAUUACAACAAGCUUAUUUGAAUACAUUUGCAAUUGUAUCUCAUAAAUUUGGAGAAGCUCCAAUGGAUUCUUUGAAUGUUUUGACAUCAGAAUGCGGAUUAUUAAGUGAUCAAGUUGAAGUCGUUAUAUCGGCAAUUAGUGCAAUCAUUAGCAUCGUCAAUACUUAUGGAGUUAAAACUCUUGGGUUUUUUCCAAAAAUUAUUCCACCAGCUCUUAAAAUUUGGGAAAAUGCGGACAGAUUAACUCAAGAAUCAAUUUUACUUUUAUUAUCAACUUACAUUAAAAAAAUGCCAGCAUUCAUGGUCACAACAUUGGAUUCAAUUUUAGUCACAAUUUUAAACAGUGAUACCGAAAUAAAAUCUUCAGUAUUAAAAUUAGUUAUUGAUCAUAUGGAUGCUGGAAUGGUUUUGAAAUCCCUUUGUAAUAUUUGGACAAAGAUUUAUGCAAAUGCUGGUAAUGUUGGAUUAUACUUGAAUACUAUGCAAUUAGCAAUUGAUAAAUUAGAUAAAAAGGAAGCCACUCAACAAGCUUCCAUGUUUAUGAAAUGGUUGAUUAGUGCAUUUGAAUUCAGACACGAGACAAAAUUUGAUCAAAACGCAAUUGGUAGAAUUGAAAGCUCAGUUCAUUCAUGUGCAAUUUCAUAUGUUAUGAAGUUAAAUGAUAAAAGUUUCCGUCCAUUAUUUGCAAAUUUGGUUCGUUGGGCAACAACUGGAGAAGGAAGUUCAAUUGAAAUUAAAUUGACUUCAAGAUUAUUAUCAUUUUAUCGAUUCUUUAAUAGAUUACAAGAACAAUUGAAAAGUAUUGUCACCUCAUAUUAUUCAUAUUUAAUUGAUGCUACUACUACAGCUCUAAAAGAAAAUGCAUAUGGAGAUAUUAGUCUUCGUAGAAUCAUAUUAAUCUCACUUUCAUCAUCAUUCAAUUAUGAUCAAGAUGAAUACUGGUCACAACAAGGUAGAUUUGAUAGCAUUUGUCAACCAUUAAUUUCACAAUUAGCUACUAUCGAGGAUUCAAUUGGAAAAUAUUUAGUUAAAGCAAUCACAUCAUUAGUUUCAGAUGUAUCAUCAAAUGAGUAUAAUGAAAUCAUCUUAAAGGCAUUAAUGAAAUAUGUAUCUUAUGAUAGAGAAAAUUCAUCAAGAACUAAAAUUUGGACUAUAAAAACAUUAAAAUCCAUAUUCCAAAAAAUGGGUGAACUGUGGUUACCAUAUUUACCAACUUUAGUACCACAUAUUGCUGAAUUAUUAGAAGACGAUGAUGAAGCUGUUGAAUUAGAAGUUAGAGAAGGUUUAGUACGUGGAAUUGAAAAAGUACUAGGUGAACCAUUAGAUAGAUAUUUAAAUUAG